AUGUCGUCUAAAGUGCAGGAAAAUGGCAGUGCCACCACCAACACCUCCGCACCAACCAACACGGAUGCCGUGGCACCGAACAACAGUGCCCUGCUGCCGCACCUCGAGUCACUCGACCGGAUGCUGAAGCUACCGGUAGUGGAUGCGACCUGGCAGCAAACCCAGAACGUGUACGGCCGCGUGAAAGACUACAAUCCACUGUUGACCUGGGCGCUCGGAACGGCUGAAGAUGUCGUCUGCCGGGCUGUUACCAUCUCGGCACCGCUCGUCCAAAAGCUGGACCGGCCACUGCAACUGGUGGACCAAACGUUGGUCAAGGGUAUCGACAAGCUGGAAGUGAACGCACCGAUCAUCAAGGAGCAGCCGGCAGAAAUUUACCAGCAGGCCCGCACCAGGGUGAUUGAGACGGUGAAACCCCACAUCGAGAAGGUGUGCGAGCUGCGGUCCGCUUCGCAACAGCGUGCCGCCUCGCUGAAGGAUCUUUCCUGGCGCAAAGCGAAUGAGGUGCUGGCAACCCAGUACGGCAGCCUGGCGGUGAACGGUGUCGACACGACGGCUCAGCUGGCCGAGCGUCUGCUCGAUUACUACUUCCCCAAGUCGGACACGGAUGCUGAUGACGAUAAUGUGCCCAUCUCCGCGAAGGACGAUCCAGUGCUGCACACGGUACAAACGGUCGGCCGCCUAUCAAACAAGGUUGCCCGCCGCGUCUACCGUACCGUCUCCACCCAGGUGAAAUCCCUCCGCAAGGAAGACGUACGCGACUAUGUUGCGACGCUUAUUGCCGUGCUGCGCCUUACCCAGUACCUGAACUUCAUCAACGAGAAGCGGCAACCGGUGGAGGGCAGCACGAAGGAUACGGUACCCAGCACGCCCAGCACCGCCCCCAACACCGCCAGCACAUCCGAUGUGGUCGCGACCACGAACAGCAGUAAAACUUUGCAGCAAAAGCAAGACUAA